UAGAGUACACACGCGGAGUUUAGAAGAAAGAUCAGAAGAUAACACACACACACACACACACACACACACACACACACACACAAUUUAGCAGGUAUUCUUCCUCAUACAUGCACACACACACACCUCCUCCACACUGUUAAAGGACUGAUGCGUGAACGUUGUGUUUCUAUUCCCGUCAUCUGAGGAGAAAACUCCAAGCAGAGAGGGGAGAAGAAGUCAGACUGCUGCUGCCUCUGUGUUGGAUUCACUCUGACACAGCUUGUGUUGCUGACGGAGGCUUCAUGGCUGAAUGAUGACUGUCAGUCUGCCGGGUGCCUGUGAGUGUGCAAGUGAUUCUGCUCCAAUGGAGGAUGUUUCCCAGCGGACCCAGUGACUCCCAUUGCCGCCCGUGUCUCCUGCUGGAUGUGGACAGCCUAGGAUGGAAGACCCACCACGUGCUGCUCUGAGUCACUGCAACACAACACGCUCAACUCCCACAACUUUGGUCGUCUUGUCUCCUCCGCGUUCGCCGACACAACCAGCUGCUUCGCCACCGUCGCUUGACAGAUCACCAUCAGGGCGUGACAAGAUUCCAGGAUGUUUUUGAGGUUCCGCCGAUUACGGAGAUGCCAAUGUGUGCAGCUGAUGACCACCUGCCUGGUGCUGUCGGUGGUGAUGGUCUGCUGGGAGCAGCUGGACAACAGUGUUGUCAGUCACGUCAAGUCCUACUCCUACCGCUACCUGGUCAACCGCUUCAUCUACAUCAACAAGAGCUUCACCAUCCCACGCGAGCAGGCGAGAGGAUUCAGCAACUUCCGCUACCUUCUGGACCACCCAGACAAGUGUGCUAACAAGGACGUCCUCCUCCUGCUCUUUGUCAAAACGUCCCCAGAGAACAUUGAGAGGCGUAAUGCCAUCAGAUCCACCUGGGGUAAUGAGACCUACAUCCAAAAUGCCUUGGGAGUGACUGUCAGGGUGGUGUUUGCCCUUGGAGCACCUCGGACCAAAAUGGAAGAGCCUUCAUGGAGUAAGAGAAGGGGGGUGGGCCUCCAGGAGCAGCUCAUCCACGAGGACCGUCUCCAUGGUGAUUUGAUCCAACAGGACUUCUCAGACUCUUUCCACAACCUGACCUUAAAGCUCAUCCUGCAGUUCCACUGGAUGCACAGCCGCUGUGCACACGCCCGCUUCCUCAUGACGGCCGACGAUGACAUAUUUGUCCACAUGCCCAAUCUGGUGAGCUACCUGCAGGACAUGAGCAGCAGAGGCAUCACAAACUUCUGGAUUGGUCGAGUGCACAGAGGAGCACCGCCCAUGCGCAGCAAAGACAGCAAGUACUAUGUGCCCUUCGAGAUGUACCCAUGGUUGUCGUAUCCUGACUACACAGCAGGGGCUGGGUAUGUUGUCUCCAGCGACGUAGCAGACAAAAUCUAUCAGGCCACACUGACCCUGAACGCCUCUCUUUACAUAGACGAUGUGUUUAUGGGCAUCUGCGCCAACAUCGUCGGUGUGACACCUCAAGAUCAUGUCUAUUUCUCAGGGGAGGGCAAGGCACCUUACCACCUGUGUAUCUAUGACCAGAUGAUGACCUCACAUGGUCACGUGGAGAAUAUCUAUGACUUGUGGAAGGCGGCGACACACCCACAGGUGAAACAGUGGACCUCUGGAGUCGUAGGCAAGCUGUACUGCACGGCCGUGAAAAUGGCUCUUCUUUGUAAACCUUCUUAUGUCAACACAUACCCCUGCAAAGCAGCUUUUGUGUAGAACUAUUCAGGUGUGUGUGUGUUUGAAUGUGUGUCAGGGAGUGACAGAGAGCGAAAGAGUGUGUCAUGGAGUGUGUCUGUGCAACAUAAUGAAAUGACGAACAUCGCUGCGAUUAUUACCUCAGUCCUUUCAGUCGGACACCAGCGUCUGUCACAAGACUGGAAAUGUGUUGUGUGAGGAAAAGAGGUCACAUGAUUUUUCUCUGUUACUGUUAGUGUGACAUCAACAACAUAUCAAUGACCACUGGUACAACAAUGCACUGACACUGGCUUUGAACUGACUGCAGAAUGUGUUAAAAAAAAAAUACAGGUCCUCUAAUCACGGCCUCUUCCUCUCAUUUACUUGCUUUAUUACAUUGAGAGUGAAAUAAUUACAUUUUUCUAAAAGCUUUUUAAACCCCUGAUGGCCCGAGGAGGACGUCUGUUUUUCUAAACUGAGGUGCAAGGCAGAAGCAACACGGGCAUGAUGUGUGAGUCAUAGUCGUAGAAAAAAGCGGCACAAUCUAAAAAAGGAUAACGUGUAAGUGACGAGACUUCCUGUGCAGUAAAGACCUACAGACUCUGGGCUCUUAACCAACAGUCAUGUUGUAGGAGGUUUCUUUUUUUUGUAAUGCAUUAGUGAUUUUUUUUAAUGAAAUAAAUCUACACUCUGUUUUAAGUGACAAAACAGAC